AUGUCGACGUUCGACGUUAAAUUAAAACAACUUCUGUUGACAUACAAGCGAACUGAUUCGGUGCUCGAUUCUAAUAAAGAUACUGCGAUUAAACGACAACUGGAAGCUUUAAAAGCGUUAACAAACGAGGUAGAAACAUCGAGACGAGGCGUAGAAGCGUUGAAAAUCGAGCAAAAAGUGAACGAGGACGAAGUCGCUACGCGGAAUUCUCAAGUAGAGACUGAGCUAGAGAAAGCAGACGACGAUGUGAAGCGCUUAGAGAAAUGGCAGGACGAUUGCAAACUGGAAAAGGAGAGAAAUGCUUUCGAAGAGAAAUUGAAAUACGAGUUAAAACUACAUGAAACUAAACUAAAACUCGAGUCCGAACAUCAAGCGAAGUUGGAAAGUGGAAGUUCGUCGAAGGAAAUUCAUGCCAAGCAAGUGGAAGCGAAACUACCGAAACUCGUAAUAUCAAAAUUUGACGGAAAUUACAUGGAUUGGCAACGUUUUUGGGGUCAAUUCACCGAAUCGAUUGAAAAAUCUGGUUUAGCAAACAUUGCCAAAUUUUCAUAUCUGAGAGAAUUUCUUGGAGACAAUGCCAGACGUGAAGUUGAGUCCUUACCAUUUACAUCGGAAGGCUACAAUCGAGCAAAGGUUAUAUUGGAGGAAAAAUAUGGCAAAGAAUCAGAGUUAGUAAAGUCUUAUGCGAAAGAAAUUUUGAGCUUACCAUACAUUUCGACAGCGAAUUCGAAGAAAAUUGCCGAGUUUAGUGACAAACUGACAUAUUGUGUCCAGUCCCUGCAGUCGCUCAAGAAGCUGGACAAAGUGAAGGGUCUUACUAUGGUUACUAUUGAAAAGUUGCCAGGCAUACGGAGUGACCUUGUAAGAUAAGAUAGUAAUUGGGAGACAUGGAAUCUUGAUCAGCUAGCAAAAGCAGUACGUCUUUGGAUACGGAGAAACCCAGUUGAUCAUAGUCGAGAUGAUGAUCAAACGAAGAAGCGUCGAGAACGAGAGAGAAUGUACCUCCCCAAUAGAACUGACAAACCUCGAGGGUGCAUCUACUGCGACAGUAGUGAGCACAAAGCUGUUGAAUGCACUAAAGUUACUGCCGUAGCUGACCGGAAACAGAUUCUGGCGAAGAAGCGAUUGUGUUUCAACUGUGCGGUUGGGACUCAUCGGGCCGCACAAUGCCAAAGCAAAACAUCAUGCCAAACUUGUCAUAGGAGACAUCAUACUUCAAAAUGUGACAAAACUCAACCGGAAGAGAUCAAGAAAGUGGUAUUAACACCAAGUGGAGUGGGGGAAAGAGUUUUCCCAGUGGUAAUGCUUAAAGUGGACGGAAUCAUAACGAGAGCACUGAUCGAUACAGGAGCCAGCAGCUCUUAUAUCUCAGCUAAAGUCGGAGAUUUGCUGAACAAGAAACCCUCGGAAGCUUCAACCAAACGUAUCGAGAUGUUAAUGGGCUCGCACCUUACGAGAAUGGAAACGUAUGAUGUUAUUGUUGAAUCCCUUGACAACUCCUUCAAGAUGGAUGCAAAGCUCACAAAGGUUGACAAGAACGAACUGUUGUCGAUAGAAAAUCCACAGUACGAACACGUUAAAGCCAGGUACCCCCACCUAGCACAAGUUAACUUGACCGACAACGACAAGAAAGACCAAUUACCGAUUCAUGUUAUUCUAAGCGUGGGUGACUAUGCGAAAAUUAAGACCAACCGACCACCAGUGGUAGGUGAAGCUGGAGAACCUGUUGCUGAAUACACCAAACUGGGGUGAUUCAUCAUGUCGCCCGGAAAUGAAAUCGACCGGCAAACCAUGUUUCUUACCCAGACCAGCCAUGUAGAUUAUGAGGAACUGUGUCGUCUUGAUGUGUUGGGGCUCAAAGAUUCCACAGAACACGAUCAGGACAUAGUGCAUGCAGAGUUCAAGGAACAAUUGCAACGAUCAGCUAGUAAGGAUGGUACGAGACAGGACUGCCCUGGUGGAGCAAUCAUCCCCAUCUGCCGGCCAACAGACACGGAAGUCUCCGUAGUCUGAGUAGUCUAACAAAGAAGUUGAAGCGAGAUGGGCACAUCGAAGAAUACGACGCGGUUAUUCGAGCACAACUCCAAGAAGGCAUUGUGGAAGAGGCACCUACAACAGUCACUGAUAAAGAGUUCUACAUCCCUCAUAAGGGCGUGGUCAAGGAGUCAUCAGAGACAACAAAAUUGCGAGUCGUCUACGACGAUUCAGCGAAAGAAGACCCAUCAUCACCUUCCCUAAACGAAUGUUUAUACCCUGGUCCACCCCUCCAGAAUAAGCUUUGGGACGUAUUGAUACAGCAAAGAGCGUUCCCAGUGAUGGUUUCCAGUGAUAUACGUCAAGCCUUCCUGCAAAUCCGGAUCAAAGCAGCUGAGAGAGACGUGCUGCGGUUUCAUUGGCGUCGGGAUGAUCUGUCACCAUUGGAGACCUUACGGUUCACGAGGGUCUUAUUUGGUCUUGUACCUUCACCUUAUCUACUCCAUGGUGUAAUCGAGACUCAUUUAGACACCUGGUCCAAAACUUAUCCUGAAGAAGUCGAGCAUCUACGUCGAAGCAUGCACGUGGAUGAUCUACUAAGCGGUGGUUCGACAGUGGAGCAAGCUACGAGACGCAAAGAAAUUCCCGAGAAAUUUUACAGGACGCUACAUUUGAACUUCAUAAGUGGAGCUCCAAUGUACCGCAGUUGGCAGUUGACGAGGUUUAUCAAGUAUCUGAACUUUCUGACGAACAGUCUUAUGCAAAGACACAGCUGAUACUGAAACCCAAAGAAUCGCAAGUGCUCGGUCUGAAAUGGGACAAACAAAGUGACACAUUAAAGAUUUCAUUUCCAAGCGAAGAAGUACCGCUGACGAAGCGAGGUAUCUUAAGUAAACAGGCAAAGAUUUAUGACCCUCUAGGGUUGGUUUUACCGCUGACCUUGGAGGGGAAACUCCUAUUCCGCGACGUGUGCGAUGCAAAACUCCCGUGGGAUGUUGAAAUUAAUAACGAACAGUUGAAACGUUGGCGAACCUGGGAACAAUCCUUACCCGUAGAGGAAGAAGUACCGAGAUCUAUUGCGAGAUACCAGGAACCAAUUGAUGAGAUUGUAUUACAUUCCUUCGGUGAUGCGUCUACAAAAGGUGUAGGGACAGCAGUUUACGCAGUGGUUAGACAGCAGUCGGGAACUACACAGCAGUUGGUGGCAGCAAAGAGUCUGCUAGCAAAGAGAAAUUUGUCGGUUCCACGUCUGGAACUGGUCGGGGCUCACAUGGCGACAAAUCUUCUAGUGAAUGUUCGGGACGCCCUACCAAAAGAACCGCAACCGUUGAUGUUCGCAUGGCUUGACCGCACAGUGGCUCUGCACUGGAUAGUUGGUAAUGGGGCCUACAAGCAAUUCGUCGCCAAUCGUGUUGCGAAGAUCCAGGCUCACCCAUCAAUUCAGUGGCGACAUGUUCCAACAAAGGACAACCCCGCGGACAUUGCUAGCAGAGGCGGUCCCAUAUCUUCAUCACUGUGGCAGUCGGGCCCAGAAUGGCUCAGUGAUCCAGCAAAUUGGCCAGACAAUCCGGUCACAAAAUCAUCACCCGAAUCGGCAGCUGAAACCAAGAUUAGUCGAGACCUCGUCUACAUAGCCAAAUCCACCGAAACAACAACAGACGAGUUGGACAAACUUCUCGAAAGAAACACGCUGCGUCGAACACUGAGAGUGUCUGCGUGGAUAAACCGAUUUAUUCACAACUGCCGUGCCAAAGAAAAGAGAUCAGGACCUUUGGAUACGGAAGAGAUUGAGACGGCAAAGUUUUGGUGGAUCAAACUCGUUCAACUCCGAGACACGGUCGAACAACAUUAUAAGGAAACCAGCGCGCAACUUGGUCUUGAGACGGACGAUCGAGGAAUUAUA